AUUCCUAUUCCAUUUUGUGUCCACUAGUGGGUCUGCUUUUGCGAUGGAUAAUAAAAACGACCCCUGCCGUAUUUGCAAUGACUCCUUAACUUCCGGCUUUCACUUCGGAACCUCUUGCUGCAUAGCUUGUGCUGCAUUCUUCAGAAGGACCGUUAAGAAUCAGUUCACAUGUAAUGCAAAUAAUGAUUGUGUUAUUUCUUUUGAAAAGAAAUUCACCUGCCGAGCUUGUCGCUACAACAAUUGCCUCAAAGCUGGAAUGAGGAAAGAUUAUAUUCGAAAAAUCAAUAGCAAUUAUGUUCCGAAACAAAAAUGUGUUAACGUGGAUGCUUCAAGAUCCAUUGGCACAUCUAGUGCCAGCUCCAGCUCCUCCGAAUCGAGCCCUUUGGUAUCUCCAAUAAUUGAAAAGCCAAUUGGAAAGUAUAGCAAAAUUUUGAAGAGAUAUCCACAGGAGUUGCUACAGUUUUAUGUGAAAGAGGUGGAGAAGACGAUAGCCAACAGGAGGAAGAAUAGUUCGAAGAACAUUCUCCAUGCUAAAUCAAUGAAUGAGCUCAUGGUAAUCACUGCUCAUCAAAGUGGAUCAGCAAUGGAAGCAUGCAUUAACUGCCCUGGAGUUUCUAAGUUACAUCAAAAAGAUAUCAGGGUACUACAUAAGUACUUCCAAUUUUUGAAUGUUUGGUUGGAUUCUGUCAGGGAAUAUUCCAUGUCAGAUGGGGCUCACUAUGAAAUUGGAGUUGACAGAAAACUCUCUGAAUUCAUUCACCAGGUCAGGACAACAUUGGGAUCUUCCCUGGCAAAUUUGAAAUUGAACAUGUAUGAAUACUCUGCUUUCAAGUUGUUUUGCAUCUGGAAUCUGAAAUUCCACAAAACCUCCACUGCUCUGAAAAUUGUUGCUCAAGAGCACUAUGAAGGAGUUUGCUCCGCGCUGAGAAACUAUUAUGAGACACAGACAAAAAUGGACGAUUUUGAAAUUGCAAUUAGGAUAGGGGAUAUUACUUUGCAAAUUGUUACUGUAUCGGAUAUCUAUCACGACUUCAUCAAGCUAUUGCUCAAUUCUGGAAUAUCUAUUUGACGUUGUGACAUUUGUUUUAUAUUAAAAGACGUUAAAGUUCCAAAUAAACAUUUGUUUCGU